UCUGGAGUCUCUCCGACGGACCGCAAUGAGGAGAUAAAUAGAAGCCUUAUCUAUUUAUUAUAAGAAUAAACGCGCCUCGUUCAUUGCUGGUGGAGAAGGAGCAGCUGGAGAGGAGAGCUGUGAACACGCCUGUGCGCUUUAAAGGGCUGUCUGGACGAAUGAUGGAUAAGGACUGUCUCUAACACUUGAUGAAGAUUUGGAUUGACUCGUCCGACUGAACGAUGGAGGGCGGUGAUGAUGUUUCUGUUUCUACGACACAGUCUCAGACUGAGGCCUGCAGCACCCAGAUGGAGGGAGGAGGAGGAGGAGAAGGGAUCGUAAGUAAAGUUGAGGACACUGCUGAAUCCUGCGGUGGCAGUGGCAGCAGCAGCAGCCGCGCUAAAGGUGGACUCUCCUCUCCUCCUGCACCCUCAGUUGUGAGUCCGGCUGCUGAGGCUCCGGGAGGUGUAGCACUCAAAGUCGCCACCACUGUGCUGCACCCGGUGUGUCUGGGAGAGAGCCCGCUCAUGCUGCCCAUUCACUUGCAGAUGGCCGGAGCCGCUGGGCCUCAGCUCGGCCAGAUGGGGGCCGCACCGUACCUCAUCACCAGCCAGAGCCCGGUCUCCCUUCCCCUGGUGUUAGAUCAGCAGGUCCUCCAGCACAUGAGUCCCACUGUGAUCCCUCAGACGGCCAACUGCCCUCAGAUCCAGAACAACAUCCUGUGUCAGAACCCUUUAGCGUUUGGUUUACCUCCACCUGUGGAUCAAAAAACAGCAGCACAGACACAAGAGGCCAACCUGCUCUCGCUCCUGCAGAAUCCGGCCUUUGCAGCCAUCUUGCAGGAUCUUUUCCCCUCUCAGGCAGGAGGGUCUCCCUCCUGUCAGUCUCCAGGUUCUCCUUUCUUCCAGCUUCCUACCCUCACGCCUCCCUACACCUCCCCUCUAGCGCCGUUAGUCCCUCCUGCCACUCUUCUGGUCCCCUAUCCCGUCAUCAUCCCUCUGCCAGUGCCUCUGCCAGUCCCUCUUCCAGUCCCCAUUCCCGUCCCUCAGACGGAGGACUCGAAGGGGAACAUGCCAAAACCAGUUUGCACUGUGAGUAAAAGCACUCAGACGUCUCUGAAAGAUACUACCUCUCCUGUGUUACAUGCAAGCCGGUCCAUACCGUCGUACCAGCCGCAACAUGUGUCUCCGUCCUCGCUUCCUGCUGAUGACGGGCAGGCUCUGGACCUUUCUUUGAGGGCAUGUCCUGUUAUACUGAAACAGGAGUCCCCCAGUCCACAGCAGGACAGCGUUCUGGAUUUGUCAGUGCCUGGUGUGAGGAAGAAAUGUGACAGAGAGGUAGCUUUCCAUCCCAGUCAGGAAACAAGCAGUGCCUCUCUGUCUUUGGGCGUCCAAUGCACUCAGAGUUUAGAUUCCAAACUCCUGGGCAGCCUGGCUUCACUGCAGUUCAGCCGGCAACACAAAUGGAUAGUGGACAGCAGUCCUGGUGGAUCAGGUUCUCAGGAGGCGUCUAUAAGUGGGAGAGGAAACCUCGAGAUACUCAGCACCUCACAGACAGCCAAAGUCAUCGUCUCGGUGAAGGACGCCAUUCCUGCCAUCCUCUGCGGGAAGAUUAAAGGCCUCUCAGGAGUCUCCACUAAGAACUUCUCCAUCAAACGGGACGGCAGCCAGGGGGCGUCUCUGCAGCAGAUCUACGCCGUGCCGUCUGCGUCUCAAGCAGAGCAGCACGACCCCAACAACCCGCUGAAAAAGGUCCCAAAGAACAGGGCCAUCAAACUAAAGAAGGUCAGCUCGCAGGAGAUCCACUUCCUCCCCGUGAAGAAGCAGAGACUCGCAGCGCUGCUCCCCAGGAAGUGAGAGUGCCCGGCGGUGCAGGAUUAAUUGUUGGAGCGCUCAGUGGUCUCCCCUCCAGAGCGAGUAACACGAAACAUGUGGGGACGGUCUGUAAUCAUACUCGUACAUGUCCAGUCAGAGCUCCGAGUCUGGAUCCAAAUGUUGCAGAAACUGAGCUCAUGAAUGUCUGACAGUCAUUUUGUAACGCAGCGCUCCAAAGUGUUGUAUUAAAGCAGAAAUGUUUCUAUCGAUGGCA